AGGCCAUUGUGUUGGCCCUCCGGAAGGCUAAUCCACAGACUGUGUUGUCGUUGUUGCCUCCACUACAAACACAGUUCGUGGAGUGAAACAUGUGUACAAACAUGCCCACGGGCAGCCUGAACCUGGAGUCCCAGCUUUUAUCCAUCAUGGACGUGCUGGUGAAGGCGGCGGUGGCGGAGAUCAGUCAGCUGUUCUCGGAGAGCUCCUCGUCCCUUCGCCUGCAUCUAACGCAGAGCCUGAAGGAGAACGAGAGCCUGAGGAUGAGGGUGAAGGUGAUGAGGAGUGAGCUGUUCUCCCUCAAACUGCAGACCAGGACCAACAGACCCGCCAGCCGAUUCCUCCCGACCAGAUCCAACACCCCCAAACCAAGGAACAGGACACAAGCUAUAAAGCCAUCUACUGAUCAACCUGCUUCUGUUACGAUCAAUACAGAAAACAAGACAUCCUCCCCUGUUGCUGAGAAGUGUUCAAAUGCAGCAAGCCCGGAUGUCAUCCUCAUCAAAGAUGAAGAUGAUGCUGAUGGAUGCAGUUCAGUUGGAGGCCAGAGUGACUUUGGAAACCACAGUGCUCAGGAUGGUGUCGCAAAGGCUAUUGAGUCUGUCGGUGUCUCCUGUCUGACUGAUGGUGAUGGGUUGCGAAUUGUGAGUGUUCAUGGUCGUGGACAAGGGCCUCUGAAAGACAACGAAAGCCUAUUCACUGCCACUGAACUCCAGGCUUUUGGUUCCUUGUCACCUGACCCCAGUGUCACCCAUGACAGUCUCCUAAAUUUCACCCCGGGAAGCAAUGAAACACUAAGUGGGAUGCAGACAGACGGUACUGGGACGAUGACAAAUAACCAGGUGGAAAGAAAUCACUCAACUCAAACUGCUUCACCUUUAACAAACAAGUUAAGAGCUGAUGGUGCUGGAGGUCAUUCCAGUCCUGUCAAACAGCUCAGCUCUGUCUUCUCUGGUCCCACCAAACCCCUGUACUGCAAUUUCUGCCACGAACACUUCUCCAGCCGAGACGACCUGAUAGCACACCGGGCGGCUCACACUGGUGAGUCACCUGUCACUUGUUCCAUGUGCAGCAAGAUAUUUGUCAACAAGCAUACGCUCAGCAUCCACAUGCGAAUACACACUGGGGAGAAGCCGUACGUCUGCCCGCAGUGUGGGAAGCGCUUCACGCAGAACGGUGGCCUGAAGAUCCACCUGAGGACUCAUUCAGGGGAGAAGCCGUACACCUGCUCUGCAUGUCCUGCCAGCUUCAACAAUCCCAGCAACCUGCGCAGACACAUGAUCACACACAACAACUUCUGACCGAGGAUCGAGGACAAACACUUCAAGGGCUUCUUCGUUCUUCAGCUGCAUAGUUCAGCAUUAGGGCUGGGUGACACAGACAAAAAACUGAAUCUCAAAACUGGAACUCAAGACAAAACUUGAUUCAAUACAGUUUUCUGCACUGAAAUUAUAUGCAGUAUAUGUGUAAUAUCCGAAAUAACAACAAUAACCCAAAAAGCACAUGUAAGGGUGUGAGAUAUUUGUUAAAAUAUACAAUAAAUAAACAAACAGGUUGUAAUUUAAUUCAAUGAAUUGAAUUAAUUAAAUGUAUUUCCCAGCCCUAUUCAGCAUGUACCAUUUACUGUUAUAUUUUGGGGAAGUAGUUUUUAAUCACUGUGUCAUGGUCUGUAUCUUUGUGUUUCUCAUUUUACCACUAUCAUCAUAGUAAAAUGUACUUACUAAGUGCACUGAUGUGUAGAGUGAUGAUCUUGUCAGUGAAUUUAGCGGACUGCUGUGGGUUAGGUCUCUAAAGUGGACAUAAACAUAACAGUAAAAUAAAUACAUGAUGCAGCAACAAGUGAUCAACAUGGACAAAAACCCUGUGUGGUGGUAACUGUAGAUUUUAUAAAACAUCAAGAAGAAAUGGCUGGAUUUGCAUUACUUUUGAUGAACUUAUUUCUGUUUUUUUGCUAAUAACCUACACCAAUUUAAAAGAAUAUAUUUUUCACCAUUAUUUACCUGUUGUUUUAAUAUUACCAUAAACACCAACCAGUUUUUUUAUUCUUUUAUUGUUGUGUCCAUUUUAAUAAAGACAUUAAAGGAA